AUGAAGCCUAUCACCAUCAUAGUGUGCGGCAAGUCUGCGCACGUUGCCGUUGGUGUGAAGGAAGGCAUCAGACCAGCAUAUGAGGCUGACCGAAUUGAAGCACUCCAUGUCAUUCAAUCUGUGGAAGCUGGGGUGAGGGAUAUUCCACCCCUUUUGGAAGGACUUCCUCCUCCGCCCAAGGAGCGGGCAAAUCUCGGAACUCAGGAGUACGGGAAAAAAGUCGCAGCAGUCAUUGCUGGAGGCGGAUACAAUGAUAUAGACUUUGAACAGUUACGAAAGGCUUGCAAUGGGAAAAGCAGUAUACCGUGGCUGCGCCACGAUAUAAGCAAGGAUAUUGACCUAAGGCAACUUAGGCCCAAAGUGGGGAUUGAGUAUGGGGAGCAGAUUGCGAAGAAGAUAGUAGAGUGCUUACAAGGCUUGGAAAAAGAGAAAAAGAUGAACAAGGAUGGCGUAUAUUGGUUCUAG